UCCUCCUUGAUCGCGGUCUUUGAACUUGUUUACAGCCUGAAGGAGGAGAUGGACUUCAGCAUCGGCCAGUUUCGUGACCGUAUUACUCAAAUGGAACAGUGCCACGAGGCACUGCGGACAGAAUUGGUGACGAGUGUUGCUGCAGCGAAGACUGAUGCUACAAAGACCGUCGAAUCGCUUCGAGCUGAGCACAGGUGA